AUGCUCGACACUAAAUUCUUUGAUACUUCAGAUGAAGAAAUCUUAGGGGCAGGCUCCCGUAAUCAGGAGUCAACAAUCGUGGUAAGCCCUAUAAGUACAAAAUUAAAAGGAAAUAAAUCAACUAAUAUAAUUGGUCAGAAUAAAAAAGACAGCGAGGAAUUGGUAUUGGAUUUAUCUUCUCCUCAAAAUGCUGACAAUUCCUGUGAAAAAUUAUCUCAAUUCAGUUCAGCCACUAUUGCAACAAUCACUGCCAACGAUAAUAAAAAAAGAGAGAGUGUUGAAAAAGUUGGAAGUGAUGAUGAUGAAAAUAAUGUUGAUUUAUUAAACGAAGAGGAUCGAAGUGUCAGUACUAGCUAUGACGAAGGACUUGGGUUGCCUAAACAAAAACAAGCUAAAUGUAAUGAUGGGAAAAUCUGUUCAAAUAAAGAAAAUAUAACAGAGACUCAUGAUAACAAUAAAGGUCGUUCAUUGACUGCUGAUAAAAAUAACAAAACCGUAGUUGUAGCAGGAUAUAGGAUGGAUGAAAGCUACUAUAAUAAAGCUAAAAGCGCCAAGAAUAUUCUAUCUAGAAUAUCUAGUAUUAUGAGUGGGUAUUGGACUGAUGAACAGGCUUCUAAGUAUUGUUUAAAGAAACGAUCAGAUAAACCUUAUUUAAAACAGAUCAGACCUGCUGAAUUAUUACCUAUUAAAGAAAUUUUUAACGCGAUAAAUGAUGAAGUUCAAUUAAAAUUUAUGAACAAGAAAAAGAAUGCAGAUAAAUUAGAUGAAGAAAUUCGCAACUGUGCCAGCAGCCAUUUUAAAGCAAGACGUAAAAAAAUGAAGAAUGCAAAUACAAAUGAAAAACCAACAAUUCUUAAAUUAUCGAAUAAAUACCAGGAUAUAGCAGAAAUAGACGAUGCAAUAGAGAAGUUGAUAAAAAAAAAAAAGAAGAAAUAAAGGCCACAAAUCAAGAGAAAGAAAAGACUUCUGUUGAGGAGUUGCGAGUGAAACAAGAGGAGUUAAUGAACAAAGAGUUAGAGUUGAAGCGUAAAGAAGAGGAAUUAAAAGAACGGGAGAGAGAAUAUAAACGCAAGAUGCAGUCAAUGAAAAAUAUGCCAAAAAACGGAGAGUGAUUGGUCACAUAAUCAUGAAAGAUAAUUAUUAUUUAAUG